UGAAUGGCAAUCCUAUGAGAAGUUCAAACACUAGACCUCUAUCUCAAUACACCAUUCAAUACACCAUUCAAUACAACUCAACACAACAGUCAAUACAAGCGUUCAUUAAAUGAUUGAAACUGUGUUUCAGUAUUGAGUGAAACAUUGAAACAUAAACUCAUUAAAUGCUGCAAAACAUGAAUCAGUGAUCAGUUAAGCCAUGAAGACAUCACUCAUCCAAACACUCGUCGUCCUCGUCGUGACCGUUGGCCACACAAUCGGCGACCAGUCGUUGGCCGCCGUUCUCGAGCCCACAGACCACGACCUCCACCACGGCUUCUGUGUCCUCGACAACAGCCUGUCGUGUGGACUCAUGUCCGGCAUCGCGGGUGAGGCCAACAUCCCGUGUGUGCGACCAAAACGGCCGCAACGGCUCAACAACACUGAGGCCUUAGAACUGCUGCGCGAGACGUGUCCGGACCUGAUUGGCGCCGAAGAUGACGACCCACUCCUGUGCUGUGACUACGAGUCGCUGCAACUGUUGUCCGAGUCAUACGAGUUGCCGAAGAUGUUGCUAAACCGCUGUCCCUCCUGUCUCUACAACUGGCGUAAGAACUUCUGUCACAUGACGUGUUCGGGCCGUCAGUCUCUGUUCAUAGCGGUCACCAAAAGCAGCCCUUAUGUGGCCGAAGAGGCCGAACACCCGGGACUCGUGCGCGUCGAUGAAGUGACUUAUUAUAUGAGUAAAGACUACUCCGACAAUCUCUACGAGUCGUGUCGGGGUUUGCCCGGAGCGGCCGCCGGCACCUCGAUUAUGGACCUGAUGUGCGGCAAAUGGGGCUCAAAGGCCUGUAACGGCAAUCGUUGGCUCGAAUACAUGGGUCUCUCCCACGACAACGGCGGACACUCUCCCUAUCAGAUCAAUUACGUGUUCUCUAACGACCGAAACCUGUCCAUCGCUGGCCGUGUUAUGCAUCCAUUGGAUGUGUCGGCCCUCUCGUGCGCCGACGCCCCGCCCGGCGAACAAAAGUGCAGUUAUACUGAUUGUCCGAAUCGUAAACCCGACUCCGAAUCGGCACAUGAGGUGAAAGACGGACUAACGGGCGAUAAGUCUUCUGUUUCCCAGUUAUUGGAAAACCCGCCGCAAUUGCCUGUGAAGUCCCCUCCGGUGACUGUCAUGAAUAUGAGCGCCACUACGGCUGCGGCACUUAUACUAUACUUAAUAAUAGCCGCCUCUGUCUUCAUAUACUUCGCCGUCUAUUCGAUGAGAAACGACAAGAAAAUGAAUAUGAGUAGCCGUACGUCGAGUUCGAGUGCGGAAUGCAUUCCCGGUCACAAUAUGGCCAAAAGGCCGACCACUUUGUCACACAUCGAAUCGGGCGAUACUCUCAUGGAGUCAAAGCCCUUGAGAUCUGAAAUCUCGGUCGACGGGAACUAUCAGGUGACGAAAGACACGCCGCCGUCCAGUCCAGACAUUCACAUGUGCGCCCAAUUAGACAUUAUUCAGCCCUUAGAGUCGAUUCAUUCGGCAAAUCUGGCCAUUGGUAUCCGAUUGGAGCGAUUCUUUGAGCAGAUUUUUCGAAAUUGGGGCACUUUUGUGGCCCGAAAUCCGUGGAUUGUUAUCAUUAGCUCAUUGUUUGUGAGCGGAUACCUGGCUUUGGGUGUGUUUACUUCAUGGCAAGUGACCACCGAUCCCGUGGACCUGUGGGUCCCGGCGGGCAGUCCUGCCAGACGUGAUAUGGAAUACUUCAAUGAGAACUUCUGGAAAUUUUAUCGCAUCGAGCAGUUAAUCAUUGAGCCUAAAAUCAGAGACCACUUCUUCAACGCCACCAUUGAUGACGAGGUCUACACAUUUGGUCCGGUAUUCAACCAGACAUUCCUCGUCGAGGCGUUUGAAUUGCAACAAAAAGUGUUACAAACCAUUGCUAUCGACGAAGAGACCAAUGAAUGGAUUCAUUUGAAUGAUAUCUGUUAUAAGCCUUUGGGUGGUGUCUGCGCCACACAAUCCAUAUUCACCUACUAUUUGGACAGUUUAGCGGAGAUCAUGAAGAAUAACUCGUUGGCCAAAGCGGUAUACUGUUCGAGGAGUCCCACUUAUACUGACGACAAGAAUGUAAACAACUCGUGCUUCAAACCCAAUGGCAUACCAUUAGUCUAUCCCGGAGUAGCGCUCGGAGGCUUUGAAGGCGAUGAGUACACAAAGGCCACCGCUCUUAUCAUUACAAUACCCGUUAAAAACCACAACAACCCCAAAGAGAAUCGCAAAGCCAUUGUAUGGGAGAAACAGUUCCUGGAAGUGGUGGCCAACCACUCAUCCGAUGUGAUGAACAUUGCCUACAAAGCCGAGCGCUCUAUCGAAGACGAAUUGGAUCGUCAGUCGCGGUCCGAUAUCGUGACCGUUGCCGUCAGUUAUCUAAUAAUGUUUAUAUACAUUCUUCUGGCUCUCGGAGACCUCAACAAGUGCUCCACAAUCCUAUUGGACGCGCGCUUCUCAUUGGGUUUCGUUGGCGUCACAGUUGUCCUCUUGUCUGUGUUGGCAUCGCUCGGCUUCUUCUUCUACUUCUCCAUUCCGGCCACUCUUAUUGUCGUCGAAGUCAUACCGUUCCUCGUGUUGGCGGUCGGCGUCGAUAAUAUUUUCAUUUUAGUCCAGAGUUUUCAGCGAGACGAACGGCGACCGGAGGAGCAAUUGGUGGACCAAAUCGGUCGAGUGGUGGGCGAAGUGGCGCCGAGUAUGAUGUUGUCGUCGUUGUCGAUGUCUUCGUGUUUCUUCAUCGGCACUCUGACAGAGAUGCCGGCGAUGAGGAUGUUUGCCCUCUACGCUGGCGUCGCACUAAUCAUCAAUUUUUUCCUACAAAUGACAUGUUUUCUCGGACUCUUCGCGUUAGACACUAAACGCCAAUUAGACAACCGAUUAGACAUCCUUUGGUGCGUUCGGGGCUCUAAGAAGUCGGACAAACACCCGGCCAUUGGUGGCAAAGAGGGACUGUUGUACACCUUCUUCAGAGAUAUUUACUCGCCGUUCCUCAUGAAAGAUAACGUGCGAAUACUAGUGCUGUUGGGUUUUGGCGCCUGGCUUUGCAGUAGUAUCGCUGUGUUGGAUAAGCUGCACAUCGGACUGGAACAGGAGCUGUCAAUGCCGGAAGACUCGUAUAUGAUUAACUACUUUGAUUUCUACCAGAAGUAUUUCGUUGUCGGCCCUCCCGUCUACUUCAUGAUCACCGAAGGCUAUGAUUACACUCGUAAUGAUUCCCAGAACGCCAUGUGCUCUCUCACCGAUUGUGACAGAGACUCGUUGCCCACACUCUUGGCAUAUAUGGCAGAGAAGUCUAAUUUGACUUAUAUUCAGUCUAAACCCCUUCCAUGGCUGGACAGUUACGUCGGAUAUAUAACGAGUCCCGAGUGUUGUUACAAAUACGCUAAUGAUAGUCAAUGUUAUAAAGGAGAAAGCAAUUGUAACGAUCGUUGUUGGGAUAGUAAGAGCCGUCCGUACGGCUCUAAUUUCACCGAGAAUUUGCCAUUUUUCUUACGGCAUUCGCCGAACGCCAAGUGCCCGAAGGGAGGUCUCGGCCAAUUCGACGACGCCGUCCGCCUAUAUGCCGACGGAAACGUUAAAACUACUUAUUUGAUGUCAUACCGGACAACACUGAAAACAUCCGAAGACUUUUACGAGUCAUUGAGAUAUUCGCGUAUUAUUGCCGACAUAUUGACCGAAAAACUGAGAAACACAACCAAUAAUAAGGAUGUGUUGGUUCGGCCGUACAGUUUCCCCGACGUAUUCUACGAGCAGUACCUGACGAUGUGGACGGACACCAUCCGAAGCCUAAGCAUAUCGAUUGGCGCCAUCUUUAUAGUCACUUAUCUAUUCCUUGGACUCGACAUAUACUCAGCACUGAUUGUGGCGCUAACUAUCGUUAUGAUUAUCAUUGAUCUGAUGGCAAUGAUGAGGUGGUGGGACAUCAGUCUUAACGCCAUCUCUCUCGUCAAUCUAGUUGUGGGGGUCGGAAUAUCAGUCGAGUUUUGUUCACAUUUAGUCCGCUGUUAUGCCAUUUGUUCGGCGCCGACACGUGUGUUACGGGCGAAGGAGUCGUUGGCCAAAAUGGGAACUUCGAUUCUGUCGGGCAUAACGUUAACGGACUGCGGAAUCCUAAUCCUGGCGUUCGCCAAAUCCAAGAUAUUUCGUGUGUUUUACUUCCGGAUGUAUUUGGGAAUCAUAGCGUUCGGAACGCUUCACAGUCUGAUAUUCCUGCCGGUGCUGCUCAGUGUGAUCGGUCCCCCACUCAACAAACAGCGACUACUGUUCGCCGCACAGAUGGACACAUCGUCCCCGCAGUCCACCACUCAGUCAUUUGGCAGAGCCUUCAACAAGUAUAACGACAGUACCGGCGCUGACGAUACAACUAUUGACGAUAAGUCGGACAAUACAUCCCAACAGUCAUCGCAAGGUCUUAGACAUCAACACUAGACUUAACACAAAAGAAAUUCAAUUAAUAUUUUAAAUUUGUAUUUAAGUAUAAAAUUUAUUUUUUUCAAUUCCAGUCCCCAUUUCCCACAACAUCUGACUCUCUAUACAUAUAUUUUUGGCUCUAAUUGUGAUAAAAAUAAUUUUUAUUUUAAUUUGGAUUACAAUUUAAAUGCAAUUAUAAAUAAUAAUACUAAAUAAGAGUUGAGAUUAACAUUAAGUUUAUUGAUAUAUAAUGUUUAGAAAAUGCUUUAAAAUAUCUAUUCAUUUGUAAACAAUUCAUUAAUUGUUUUAAUUAGUGAUUAUAAUCUCAAAUUCUUUGAUUAUUAUGUUUUAUUAGAUUUUAAAUUAUUUUUGAUUAGAUUUUAAGUUAUUAUUUGGAAGUCAAGUAAAUCUCAUUUUAUAUCAUUUAUAACAAACGCAUUAAUUAUGCAUUUUAUAAUUCAUUACUAAAAUCAAAAGUAUUCAUUGAUAACUAUUUCUUUCUUCUCUCUCUCCCCCUCCCUCUCUCUCAUGUAUUAACAUUUUUGUAUCAAUUUAUUGAAACUAAAUUUAUUUAUUAGUUAUUAUAUUUAGUAUUUGAUUUAAGCCACACAAGCUCUCUCUCUCUCUCUC